AUGUGUGGAUAUCUGGAUGUGUGGGUAUGUGUGGAUGUGUGGGGAUGUGUGGAUGUGUGUGGAAUAUGUAUGGAUGUGUGGAUGUGUGGUAUGUGUGGAAUAUGUAUGGAUGUGUGGAUAUGUGAAUGUGUGGAUAUGUGUGGAUGUGUGUGUGGAUGUGUGUGGAUGUGCGGAUGUGUGUGUGGAUGUGCGGAUGUGAGUGGAUAUGUGUGGAUGUGUGUGGAAUAUGUAUGGAUGUGUGGUAUGUGUGGAAUAUGUAUGGAUGUGUGGAUAUGUGAAUGUGUGGAUAUGUGUGGAUGUGUGUGCGGAUGUGAGUGGAUAUGUGUGGAUGUGUGUGGAAUAUGUAUGGAUGUGUGGAUGUGUGGGUAUGUGUGGAUAUGUGUGGAUAUGACGCGUGAAUGUGUGGGGCCAUUUCUAGCUCCUGCACCUACCUCUACAACACUUAUUUUUCGGCCUGAAGGCCAUUUAUCGAAAAAAAAAGAAUUAUGA